GCGCGACGGAGAGCACGGAGAGCGGGGCGCAGAGCCCAGCCCGGAGCGCCAGAAUCGGACACUGCGACUCGCGUGCUGCGGAGAGCGAGGGCCAGACCCGGCCUCCCCAGAGGACCCAUACGCCGGGUGGGGCUCAGGCCCCGGAGGGCGUGAGCCGCCCGCAGAUUGAGCAACUUGGGAACCGGCGGGAGGAGCGCAGGCAAGCCGGGCGCCCAGAACAGUCGUGCGGCAAGCGGGUGAGCGGGCCGCGCCCUCGCCCCUCUCGGGCCUGCCCCCACCGCGGCUGGCAGCACAGAGGUUAGUUUUUGGAGUGGUGGCUGCUGAAGUGACAAGGCAUUCUCCCAUGUGACACCCUGAGGUGUCUUUGAAGAAAGCUCUCCAGACCUCCCUAUGGGCUGAUGGAGAACUGGGCUCCCCACACCCCAUCUGUCCCCAGCUGAGAUUAUGGUGGAUUUGGGAUCGGGCCCAGACCUGGGCCUCCUGCUGCUGACCCAGCCCCGGAGGUGUUAGUGCGAGAGCCCUGCGCUGUCCACCCACCAGAGACCACCCCUCCUCCCAGGGGCCCGGAGCUGGCAAGUGACUAUGCGGCUUGGGCUGUGUGUGGUGGCCCUGGUUCUGAGCUGGAUGCAUCUCAGCGCUGGGAGCCGGGGGAUCAAGGGGAAGAGGCAGAGGCGGAUCAGUGCUGAGGGGAACCAGGCCUGUGCCAAGGGCUGUGAGCUCUGUUCUGAGGUCAACGGCUGCCUUAAGUGCUCGCCCAAGCUGUUUAUCCUGCUGGAGAGGAACGACAUCCGCCAGGUGGGCGUCUGCUUGCCGUCCUGUCCACCUGGAUACUUCGAUGCCCGCAACCCUGACAUGAACAAGUGCAUCAAGUGCAAGAUUGAGCACUGCGAAGCUUGCUUCAGCCACAACUUUUGCACCAAGUGUAAGGAGAGCUUGUACUUGCACAAGGGCCGCUGCUACCCGGCCUGUCCUGAGGGUUCUGCAGCUGCCAACGGCACCAUGGAGUGCAGCAGCCCUGCACAAUGUGAAAUGAGUGAGUGGUCCCCAUGGGGGCCGUGCUCCAAGAAGAAGAAGCUCUGUGGUUUCCGGAGGGGAUCCGAGGAGCGGACGCGGAGGGUGCUCCACGCCCCCACGGGGGACUACGCCGUCUGCUCCGACACCAAGGAGACCCGCAGGUGCACAGUGCAGAGGACACCGUGUCCUGAGGGGCAGAAGAGGAGGAAGGGAGGCCAGGGCCGGCGGGAGAAUGCCAACAGGAAUCUGAACAGGAAGGAGAGCAAGGAGGUGGGCACUGGCUCCAGGAAACGCAAGGGGCAGCAACAGCAGCAGCAUCAAGGGACAGUGGGGCCGGUCACGUCUGCGGGGCCCACCUAGGGAUGGUGUUCAGCCUCCAGGCCCAUGCAGAAAGAGUCCAGAACUGCUCUGUGUGAUGAAAGCUUUACUGAACUGGAGCAACUGGGACAACGCAUACACAUACACUCCACACAUACAUGCAUGCACACACACAAGCGUGCAAACCCCAUAUCCAAAUAUACAACAACAUAUACACACACGCACAUACAUCCAAAUGUACAACCAUACAUACAUGUACACAUGUGCACACACACAUGCCCUCUCUCCAAACCACUGGAAGAAAUUUCUAUCCCUGGGACAUCACCGUGUGAAAAAGUGAGGGGGGGGAGGGGCAGAGGGCCCAGCAGCACUUGCUUGGUUUAAAAUGUUCCCGGUAGACACAAGAGAGAGAACAUUUCCCAGUGCCCAGGCCGAAGCGUGGCAGAGUGGGUGCCUUCUGGAGGAGCUGAUGGGAUCAGCUGGUGUGGCAGACAGGAGCCAAAGCUUGAGGACUACUGGGAACCCAGGAGAAGCCUUCUCCCGACCCUGCUCAGCAUCUCUAACUGUGUGACUUUAUCAUUGGAGAGUGUAUGUUACAUAUCCAUGGUACAUACCAGGGCUGACCUGACUCUGAAAACUGCUUAAAGGUUUAUUUCAAAUUAAAAAAAAAAAAAAAAAAAAGACAGCAGUAGCCAUAGGUACCACAUUCCUUUUCAGGUGCAGGGAUUGGUGGGGCACAUAUGCUAAUCUGUGGAUUAGCAGUGACGUUUUUACCGGGGAGCUUGUUACAAAUGAGACCCUCAGGUUCCAUCCUAGACCUAAUGAAGCAGAGUCUGCAUUUUAACAAGAUGUCGUGCACAUCAAAGUUUGAGAAGCACUGCCCUAACGAAUUACCUCUAGGUGGCACAAUGGUUGAGAGCUCAGCUGCUAACCCAAAAGGUUGGCAGUUUGAAUCCACCAGCUGUUCCCUGGAAAUGGUAUGGGGCAGUUCUACUCUGUCCUACAGGGUUGCUAUGAGUUGGAACCAACUCCAGAGCAAUGGGUUUGGGUUUUGUUUUGAAGCUUCCAUCAAAAGGAGGCCUGGUAGCGCACAAAGGUUAAGCACCCGGCUACUAAGCGAAAGGUCAGUGGUUUGAACCCCCCAUCCACUUUGUGGAAGAAAAGACCUGGUGAUCUGCUCCCAUAAAGAUUAAAGCCUAGGAAGCCCUAUAGGGCAGCUCUACUCUGUCACGCGAGGUCAAUAUGAGCCAAAAUUGUCAAUGGCUCCUAACAACAACAAGCUUCCAUCUAAGGAUGGAAAAAGAGGGCCUCAGCCACCUUGUGAUCUGAGGGAUUCUGGGCCACUAUAAAGGAGGGCUUUCCGUCUGUAAGAGGUAGAAUCUAUACACUGAAGGGAUAUGGUGGCACUCUUAGGGCAUGGGGAUCCUCUGGCUCUCUGAGAUGGGUUGGGGACAGUCCUACCAAAGGCAGGGCAGGGGAUGGAAUGACCUCUUGUGGCAAUCUGGUGUCCACUGGCAGCCUUUGUAUGCCAGGCUCUGGACUAGGUGUUUGGUUCCCAGUGGGAGCUGCACUGACCUGAGCCCUGCUUGCGCAGAGCAUAGAGAUUGGUGGGGGAGACAGGUGGAAAUGGGGUAAUCAUACAAACAAAUGUAUAAUUAUAAAUGGGCAGAGUCAAGAGCAGGCAACCACUAGCACAUACACAUAGCUAUGAAAGUGAAUGAAAAUCAGACUUUAUCUCAGGGAGCCUUUGGAGAGGAGGUGAUGUUUGAGCCAAGCUCUAAAGGAUGAGGAGGAGCUAGGACAAAGGAGGAAUGGUGUUCUAGACCAGUGCUGUCCCAUGGAUGUAGAAUGUGAGUGAGCUACAUAAAUAAUUUAAAAUGUUCUAGCUAAUUUUAAUUAUAUUUUUUUCUAACCAAAUAUAUGCAAAAUAUUAUCUUUUAACAUAUAAUCAAUACAAAAAUUAAUGAGAUCUUUCACAUACUCUAUUUUUUGAACCAUGUCUUUAACAUACUGUGUAUGUUUACACAUGUUCACACAUAGCACAUAUCAAUUAAGAGAUUAAUUUUGACCAGAAACACCUGAUCCGUAUGUAGGUUUCAAAAAAAUUAGAAUUGCAAAAGGAGAUUGACGUACUCAACUUGUUCCAAGUAUAUUUAACAGUUUUCCAAUAUCUGAAUUGGAUAUCAGGGUUUUUUAAAAAUUUAAAUGUUAAUUAAUUAAAAUUAAAUAACAUUAACCAUUUAUUCAGUUCUGAAGUUGCACUAGCCACAUUUCAAGUGCUGGAUCGCCACAUGUGACUAAUGUCUACUGUGCUGGACAACAUAGUUCUGUACAGAGGGAAUAGCAUGUGCAAAUGUCCUGUGGCAGAAAGGAGUUUGGUGUUUGAGGAAAUGUAAGAAGGUCAGCAUAGCUGAAAAGCCCAGGGGGCAAAUGUGGCAAGAUGAGCCAGAAAGAUCCCUGAAGUUUGGUCUUUAUUCUCAGAGCCAAGGGAGGCUGUUGAGGUGUUUAAAGCAGGGGCUAACACGACCAGAUUUGCAUUUUGCAAAGACCACAGUGGCUGUAGUGUGGGGAACAAAUUAAAGGGAGGCUGGUGAGAAGGACUUUGCUGCAUCUGGGUGAGAGGUGUUGGAAGCUUGGAAUAGAGAGCAGUGCAAUAAAACCUGCGAAAGCAAGAACCCGUGUAAGGUGGAAACCUGUCAGAGAAGGAAAAUUCAUAUAUUUUCCACUAAAAUGAGUGCUAGAAAAGGUGAGACUGCACCCUGCCAAAGACAGAAAACUUGUGAGACACAUAAAGAUAAGGCAGUCCCGUCGAAUUCCGACUCUCACAGGUUUCACUGUAGCGGGAAUGGAGAGAACUAGACAAAGUCAAAGGUAUCUUGGGGGAUAAAGUUGACAGAAUUGGGUGAUAAACUGGAUAUGGAAGAGGGGCGCGAAGGAGAAGGAGGUGUCAAGAACGAUGUCCCUAUAUCUGGCUCAAACAACCAGAUGGUGAUGCAGUUUACUGAGAUGAAAAGCAAGAGGGGAGAAUAUAAAUUUGGUUUUGACCAUGUUGAGUUGGAGGCAUCCUGGUGAAGAUGGUGAGCAGACAUUGCAUAAACACAAGUACAGGUCUAGUGCACAUAGGGAAGUCUGGGCUGGAAUAUAAACUGGUGUAGAGAAAAUAACUGAGGCUGUGGGUUUGGGAAAGAUGGACUAAAAAGAGAGUCCUAGUCAAAGAGGGCUCUGAAGCCCUCCAAACAUAAAAAUCAGAUCAUGGAAGAUGAGUUGGCGAAGGAGUCAGAGGAGGAGCAGGCAGAGAGAUAAGAGGGAAACCAGGGGGAGUAUGAUGUCCCAGGAGCUAGCCAGAAGGAGGGAGAGAUCAAGAGGUUCAAAAGCUGCUAAGAGAUGUAAAGUGAGGACUGGAAAAUGACCAUUGGAGUUAGCAACAUGUGUGCCAGUAAUAACCUUAGUGAGAGCUGCUUUGGGAAACAAUGACGGUAGAAAUCAGCAUAGGCAAUCCCUUCAGGAAGGUUGGCUGUGAAAAGGAGGAGAUAAAUAGGACAGGGGCUAGAGAAAGAUGUA